GGCAUCCUGCUUCAAGGGUUUCUCCUCAGCAGCUCUACAGACGCUCCUCAGCCUCCAAAGGGACCCUAGAGAUGUCUCCCUCUGCCAGCCUGCUGCUGCUGCUCUUGCUUGGCCUCUCUCAUGCUCUUCCUCUCCAUGAAGAAAGAGACAAAGAUAGAGACAGAGAGUAUAAAGGAGACCUAGAUGACAAACCAGAUGGAGAAAGAGAGAUUAAAGGAGACCUAGAUGAUGAACAAGAUGAUGAACAAGAGAAUAAAGGAGACCAAGAUGAUGAACAAGAUGAUGAACAAGAAGAUGAACAAGAGAAUAAAGGAGACCUAGAUGAUGAACAAGAUGAUGAACAAGAUGAUGACCAAGAUGAUGAACAAGAAGAUGAACAAGAGAAUAAAGGACACCAAGAUGAUGAACAAGAGAAUAAUGGAGACAUAGAUGAUGAACAAGAUGAUGACCAAGAGAAUAAAGGACACGUAGAUGAUGAACAAGAUGAUGACAAAGAUGAUGAACAAGAUGAUGACAAAGAUGAUGAACAAGACGAUGAACAAGAGAAUAAAGGAGACCUAGAUGAUGAACAAGAUGAUGACCAAGAUGAUGAACAAGAGAAUAAAGGACACCUAGAUGAUGAACAAGAUGAUGACCAAGAUGAUGAACAAGAGAAUAAAGGAGACCAAGAUGAUGAACAAGAUGAUGACCAAGAUGAUGAACAAGAGAAUAAAGGAGACCAAGAUGAUGAACAAGAGAAUAAAGGACACCUAGAUGAUGAGCAAGAUGAUGAACAAGAUGAUGACCAAGAUGAUGAACAAGAGAAUAAAGGACACCUAGAUGAUGAACAAGAUGAGGAACAAGAUGAUGACCAAGAUGAUGAACAAGAGAAUAAAGGACACCUAGAUGAUGAACAAGAUGAUGAGCAAGAUGAUGAACAAGAAGAUGAACAAGAGAAUAAAGGACACCUAGAUGAUGAACACGAUGAUGAACAAGAGAAUAAAGGACAGCUAGAUGAUGAACAAGAUGAUGAACAAGAUGAUGAACAAGAUGAUGACCAAGAUGAUGAACAAGAAGAUGAACAAGAGAAUAAAGGACACCUAGAUGAUGAACAAGAUGAUGAACAAGAAGAUGAACAAGAGAAUAAAGGACACCUAGAUGAUGACCAAGAUGAUGAACAAGAAGAUGAACAAGAGAAUAUAGGACACCUAGAUGAUGAACAAGAUGAUGAGCAAGAUGAUGAACAAGAAGAUGAACAAGAGAAUAAAGGACACCUAGAUGAUGAACAAGAUGAUGAUCAAGAUGAUGAACAAGAAGAUGAACAAGAGAAUAAAGGACACCUAGAUGAUGAACAAGAUGAUGAACAAGAUGAUGAUCAAGAUGAUGAACAAGAAGAUGAACAAGAGAAUAUAGGACACCUAGAUGAUGAACAAGAUGAUGAGCAAGAUGAUGAACAAGAAGAUGAACAAGAGAAUAAAGGACACCUAGAUGAUGAACAAGAUGAUGAUCAAGAUGAUGAACAAGAAGAUGAACAAGAGAAUAAAGGAGACCAAGAUGAUGAACAAGAGAAUAAAGGACACCUAGAUGAUGAACAAGAUGAUGACCAAGAUGAUGAACAAGAGAAAGGACAUCUAGAUGAUGAACAAGAUGAUGAACAAGAGAAUAAAGGACAUCUAGAUGAUGAACAAGAUGAUAACCAAGAUGAUGAACAAGAGAAUAAAGGACACCUAGAUGAUGAACAAGAUGAUGAACAAGAUGAUGACCAAGAUGAUGAACAAGAGAAUAAAGAACAUCUAGAUGAUGAACAAGAUGAUGAACAAGAUGAUGAGCAAGAUGAUGAACAAGAUGAUGAACAAGAGAAUAAAGGACACCUAGAUGAUGAACAAGAUGAUGACCAAGAUGAUGAACAAGAGAAUAAAGGACAUCUAGAUGAUGAACAAGAUGAUGAGCAAGAUGAUGAACAAGAUGAUGAACAAGAGAAUAAAGGACAUCUAGAUGAUGACCAAGAUGAUGAACAAGAGAAUAAAGGACACCUAGAUGAUGAACAAGAUGAUGAGCAAGAUGAUGAACAAGAGAAUAAAGGACACCUAGAUGAUGAACAAGAUGAUGACCAAGAUGAUGAACAAGAGAAUAAAGGACAUCUAGAUGAUGAACAAGAUGAUGAACAAGAUGAUGAACAAGAGAAUAAAGGACACCUAGAUGAUGAGCAAGAUGAUGAACAAGAUGAUGAACAAGAUGAUGACCAAGAGAAUAAAGGAGACCAAGAUGAUGAACAAGAGAAUAAAGGAGACCAAGAUGAUGAACAAGAGAAUAAAGGACACCUAGAUGAUGACAAAGUCCAUGAUGGGGUCAAACAUAGAGAAACAGAACAUGUGGACAUUAGCACCAGGAUUCUGAGAGCCAAUAAAGGUUCUGAUGAAAAUCUGAUUGAGGGAGACCUGGUGGUUCCCAAACACAGAAAUGCCAUCAAGUGUUUCUACGCCCAAUGCCUGUGGAGAAAAGGCCCAGAUGGCUUAGUGAAGGUACCCUACGUCAUCAGCAAGGACUUCAACUUUUAUGAGAAACAGAUAAUCCAGGGUGCUGCAAAUGCCUUUGGUCGCUCUACCUGCAUCCGCUACGUCCCUCGUACCAAUGAGAGAGACUAUAUCUACAUCGUGAAUAAAGGUGGAUGCUACUCCUCUCUGGGAAGAGUGGGAGGGGUGCAGGAGCUGUCUCUCAACAGGGCUGGCUGCAUCUACGGUGGAAUCGCCCAGCAUGAGAUGAACCACGCUCUGGGCUUCCAGCACGAGCAGGUCAGGAGUGACCGGGACCGCUACGUCAAGAUCAGCUGGCAGAACAUCACACCAGGCAGUGCUUACAACUUCUACAAAGCAGACACCAACAACCUGAACACUCCCUACGACUACAGCUCCAUCAUGCAGUACGGAAGAGAUGCUUUCUCCAUCGCCUACGGAAAGUACACCAUCACCCCCAUCCCCAACCCCAACACCCCAAUCGGUCAGAGGAUGGGGUUGUCCAGCUGGGACAUCAAAAGGAUCAACCUGCUCUACAAAUGCCACUAAAACCUGAUCUACUGAAUAAGUAAUGAGUAGUCUGAAAUAAAAGUUGAAAUGAAAAUAAAAACAAGCGCAUUUUGA